CCCGCCCGAGGUUCUGCCUCAUUCGACGUUCAGUGCUCGGUCCGUUCGGGUUGCCGAUUCCAGUGCUCUGGCUCUCGUGGCGCGCAAAACAAGGAUUAACUACACUGCUCCAGUAUUGUUUUAUAGGUUACCAGUCUCAUUUUGUUUGUUGGGUGGUUUGAUUUAUACCAACAGAGAAAGAAGAGUCGGGUGUCCGGAGUGCCGCCGUUCUGGUUUGUGUUGUUUUAUGUUACCUGGUGCCGUUGUUCCCAUUUCUGGGCCGAUUCCGUUACCCGGGUUGUUUAUGGCCUGAAAACCAAACGAAUGCAAUUUUCGGAAUCUGUUCUGCAUGUGGUGGUGUAAAGUGUUUCAAGACCCCGGAUCCGGACGCACAUCGACGCACAAUGACCCCGAAUCGACUGGUGCGACUGCUCGCGCUGGUGCUCCUCGUCCACCGGUCAACCUGUGCCCGCGACCCGCCAACGGUGGAGAUCCCCGGCCAGGGCAUGGUCAUGGGAACGUUCAUGAAGAUGUUUAGAACUCAACGGGUCGUGGCGUACCUCGGAAUUCCGUACGCCCAGGCACCGAUCAACGAGAAGCGGUUCACUCCGCCGGUUGUGGACAAUCUCCCUGCCUGGGAGGGAACCAAAAACGCGUCCACCUUUGGGCCCCAGUGUUGGCCCUCGCCGCGGGAAACCCAUCGCCGACAUAACCAGCUGUUUCUGGAGCUGAUCCAGGCGGGAGCCGUUGACGAAGGAGAAAAGCAGUACGACGAGGAUUGUCUGUUCCUGAACAUCUACGUGCCGGACUCAACGAUGCCAACCGAGGGAUACUCGGUGCUGGUUUGGUUCCCCACCGGUGACUUUGACGGGGACACCCCGUUUAUGCUGAACCCGUUCCAGAUGGUGUUCAAGCAGAAGCUGAUCGUCAUCACGGUGCAGUACCGGUUGGGGAUCUUUGGCUUCCUGACGACGAUGGACGGCGAGGCGCCAGGGAACUUUGGACUGAUGGACCAAUCGGCGGCGCUGCUGUGGAUCAAACGGAACGUCAAGCUGUUCAACGGGAACGAGGCGUCGGUGACGUUGGUGGGCCAUGGGACGGGCGGAGUUUGUGUGGGGUUGCAUUUGACGUCGGGGGAGUGGACGGAGGAGAUGUUCCAUAAGGCGAUUAUCAUGUCCGGGAGCGUGCUGCUGGAUUCGAUGGUCAAGAUGCCGAGCUAUUAUGGACCGGGGUUGGAUGAGAUUGCGACGGCGUUUGGAUGUUUUCGGAAGCCGACGUCCAGUUUGGUUGAUUGUUUGAGGCGCGUUGGAGGGCAGAUAUUGGCGGAGAAUUCACCGGUCGUUGACUGGGGUCCGGUUGUGGACAGCGGGUUGAGUAACAUUACGACACCGUUUAUACCGGAGUUGCCGAUGAUGUUGGUGCACCAGGGCAAGCUGAGGAAGGUGCCGCUGUUGAUUGGCCAUACGGACAUGGAGGAGGGCCUGGAGUUGGCUAUGGGUGACAUGCUGGAGCACGGGAUUGGAGCGGAGAUGUUUGAGACGUUGCUUGGGGAUGCCGUAAUGAUGGACCUCUCUCAGGUGGAGUUUAACGAUACGGUUUGCGGUGGCAACAUGGAGUCCGUGCUGGAAGCCGUCCACUACCAGUACAAACCAUACCCGGCUACAACGGAUCCAAUGAUUUUAAGAAGGCGAUACAUUGAGUUCGCAACGGAACGCAAGUACGUGGCACCGACGAUCGAACUGGCAAUGCACAUGAGUCAGCAGGCUGAAACGUACGUGUACCGGUUCGACAUCAAGCCCCGAACGGAAGCCGCCGUCAAGGACAUUCCCGACUGGAUGGGCGUGCCGCACAACUUUGAGCUGAUCUUCCUUUGGGGUCUUCCGUACUGGCUGGCGCUGGCCGACCAGAUGCAGUGGGACAGCGCGGACAAACGCGUCGCGGACAUCGUCAUGACGCUGUGGGCCAACUUUGCAAAGUACACCAACCCAACGCAGGUCGGAGUGUACAUCAAGUGGGAUCAGUUUACGAUGGACGAGCCGGGCGUGCUGAUCAUCGAUCGAUCGUUCAACAUGUCCGACCACACCACGAUGAGCUUCAGCGCGGUCAAAUUCUGGAACCAUUACUACCCGAACGUGAUCAGCUUUGCGGCGCAGUGCUGCAACGCGACGUACGCGGCCGACGGCGCUCCGGCGAUGUUUAGUAGUUCCCUAGUUGGUAGUGUGCUAGUAGUGAAUUUUAUAUUGUUACAAUCAUUUAUUUAUAUGCAAAUAGAGUAUUUUUUCCAGACGUAACCAGACGGGAGCGAAAGCUGGGACAAAUUGAGGGGGUUGGC